AUGAUCAUUCAAUUCCUUGCAUAUUUACCAUAUGGGGUAUCUUAUCUUCUGGUAACAGACCUGACCGAUCAGGCAGAUCUUGCCCAAUGGCCUGCGGAAUUCAGCGGUCGUCCGAGUGCCUGCAUUUCCUAUGACCCGGAGGUGCACUUGGAUGCCAUCGACCGCGCAGUCAAGGCCGGCUGUGCUGGAAUAACAGCCGGCGUGUGGGUGCGGGACGACGAGCUUUUCGUGGGCAACCUUUCGAAAUCUCAUUCGAACAAUACGUUCAGCAACGUUUAUCUCGAGCCCCUGGUGGCUAAACUCGAUGCGAGGAACCCUGCAGUGUCGCCCUCAGCCUCGCUUGACAGACCCGACCCAGCGGGACUGUUGGACCAUAAUCCAGCGCAGCCUUUCAUGUUGUUUCUGCAACUGCGCUCAUCGAUCACGACUGUCUGGCCGCAUCUUGUGUCCCAGAUAUCCUCGCUAGGUCAGAAGGGCUAUCUAUCGUAUACCGAUGGCGUCCAGAUCUUCCCAAGACCAGUCUCGAUUGUGAUCACGGGACUAAACCCCUCGGAUUUCGAUUUUGUAAGGAACCUCGGGCAUGAAGGCAUCAACGAAAGUAUAUUCUUUGAAACUGUGCCAGCAUUGGAUCCGACCGGUCCUGAGAAAGGAAUCGCGAAUUCCGCGGAUGCCCAAAAUUUCGAGGAUGAUAAUAGCCAAUUGAUUCCCCAGCUCCCAUCGGAGAUAUUCAGCGUAACGAUCAACUUCCGCGUCUCAAUCGGCUCUCCCCGCGGUGGUCGCUUUUCGUGGCAGCAGAUCGAGCGGAUCAGGGCUCAAAUACACAACGCGCAUCAGCACGGACUUCGAAUCCGGUACGACGCGAUUCCAUGUCUCCCACGAAUGCUGCGUCAGAUUGUAUGGCGUAUCUUAGUCCAUGAGGGCGCGGAUUAUAUCGAGGUGGACUGGCGUCAAUGUGAAGGGCGGUCGUGGCGGUCGCUUUUCACCAUCGGCAGGAGGGACGAUUCUAGGUAG